UGACAGCCGCUCCGUGAUUGGCCCGAUGACGUCAUCUCAGCAGGGCUGAACGCAGCGUCUCGGUGUCCUUCAUCAUCACCUCCAUCAUCUUCCUCAUCCUCCUGAUCGAUCCUCGCUGCAUCUUCAUCCUCCUCAUCCUCAGCGUCAUGUCCGGAUCAAAGGAGGAUUCCCGCCGCGCCUCCAGCGAUUGGCGGGACUUUUUCUGGAACCCGCGCACGCACGAGCUGCUGGGCCGCACGGGCACGAGCUGGGGCCUGGUCCUCCUCUUCUAUCUGAUCUUCUAUCUGUUCCUGGCUGGUCUCUUCGCUCUCACCAUGUACAUCCUGCUGCUGACGCUGGACGACUACAAGCCCACCUGGCAGGACCAGCUGGACACGCCAGGUAUGAUGAUCCGUCCUAAAGGCGACCAGCUGGAGAUCAGGUUCUCCGUGUCGGACCCAGAGAGUUGGAACGGCUUCGUCCAGAACCUGAACUCCUUCCUGACCUCCUACAACGACAGCCACCAGGUGCAGCUGAACGACGCCUGCUCACCUGAUCAGUAUUUCAUCCAGGAGGACAGUGGAGAGGUGAGGAACAAUCCCAAACGCUCCUGUCAGUUCAACCGCACCAUGCUGGGCGACUGCUCAGGGAUGGAGGACCGUUUCUAUGGUUACAGCAAAGCCCAGCCCUGCAUCCUGAUCAAACUGAACCGGGUGAUUGGGAUGUUACCUGGGAAGGACGGACAGUCUCCUUAUGUCACCUGUGGAGCAAAGAAGGAGGACAGAGAGAAGAUGGGACCUCUGACCUACUUUCCUGUUAACGCGACCUUUAACCUCAUGUACUAUCCGUACUACGGGAAGAAAGCUCAGGUGAACUACACCCAGCCUCUGGUGGCCGUGAAGUUCCUGAACGCCUCUCUGAACACCGACAUCAACGUUGAGUGUAAGGUGACGUCCAACACUCUGAUGGCCGGAAGCGAACGGGACAAAUUCGCUGGACGGGUUUCCUUCAAGCUGAGGAUCGACGGCCAGGAAGAUCAGUGAUGUAUUCACUGACUGGAUCCAUGAUGCAUUCACUGACUGGAUCCAUGACGUGUUCACUGACCAGAUUUAUGAUGCAUUCACUGACCAAAUAGAGCUGCAGAAUCACUUCACACAUUACUGGUUCAUUGAUUUGAUUCUUCUCUUGGAGACCCAAACUGAUUCACUCAUUCAUGAUGCAUUCACUGACCACACUCGUGGUGCAUUCACUGCGCUGAUCUCUUUCGUUUUCACUGACCGACUCAGUGACUGAAAUAAAAUUAUUCUGUUUUCUGGGAUUUGAUCCUUUACAGUUUAUAACCUGAAACAGACCAAUCAGAAUGCAGAAACACUGUGAUGUCACUGCCACUGACAGCCAAUCAUAUGACAGUAAUCUCAGCGCAUUAAAUAAUCUGCAUGAAUCAAACCUAAUUAUUUAAUAUACACACCAUACAUAUUUAUUUAUACACAUUUAAUUUAUUUGUAUGUUUAUUUAUAUUCUGCUUAUUUAUGUUUAUUUACAUUAUUUGUCAACAUCAGAUUUAUUUAAAUCGAUCAUUCAAACAGUAAAAAUGUUCCACAAGGUAAAUAAAUUACAUCAUAGAGAUAAAAUCAAAUAUAAAAAGCUUUAAAAACACAAUAAGACAAAAAGACUAAACAUAUUAAUGUUUGUCAACAUGAACUAAAAUGAAUUAGUUCAUUAAAUUAGUAAAAAUGUUAAAUAUGUAUUACAAUUUAAUUCCUAAAAUCAGAUCAGAAACACGUUCAUAACAAUUAGAAUCACAAACCAGUCAAUGUGAACAGGUUCAGGAACUGGUUCAUAUGUUGGAACACAAACCAGUUCCUGAACUGGUUGAUGAUCAAAAGGUUGAGUUCUGGUCCAGUCCAGUUCAGGAUCCAGAUGUCAGAAUGAUGUGUAAACAGAUGAAACCAAAUUAAUAACGAGGAAAGAAACUAAACUGGAAACCAGUUCAUCACUGGAAACAAACCAGUUCAGGAACUGGUUUCUCCUGUUGUCAUAGAAACAGAUUAAUUCACAGCCAAUCAGACAACAGCUUCAGUAACCAUGGCAACAACCUAUCUUCUAUAACCUGACUUAGUUUCCUUACCUGUAGCUGCAGCUCGUUAGUUAAUUAGAUAAUUAGUUAAGUUAACAAGUUAGUCACUGAUUGGAUGUUUUUGUUUCCAUGUUUGUUUUUGUUUACUGUCUUCAUCACCAUGGUGAUGAACAUCCUCUGAUGACACGCCCCUUCUUACAUGCACUGCUGUCCACCAAAUGUCUUCCUAGAGACGGACCGGCCAAUCAGACGGUCCCACUGUAUGAUGUCAUGUGCUGUAACCUCUGUGAUUGGUUGGAUUCUCCUGAAAAUGUUCCUGUUGGUUGAACAAUAAAUAAAGAAAACAGGAAGUUG